AUGACAUCAACUUUGGAUCACUUGAAAAAAUUCACUACUGUCGUUGCGGAUACAGGAGACUUUGAAGCAAUAAAAAAAUAUUCACCUGUCGAUGCUACCACCAAUCCAUCUCUUAUCCUGUUGGCUUCCCGCAUGCCCCAGUAUUCACACUUGAUUGACGAGGCGGUGAAGUAUGCAGACAAACUGAGAGAAAAUCUCCACGACUCGGUUCAAGCGGCAUUCGAUCGUGUAUUUGUUCUGUUUGGCUGUGAAAUACUGAAGUGUAUUCCUGGACGUGUUUCCACGGAAGUCGACGCACGCUAUUCUUUCGAUACUCAUAAGCAAGUGGAGGUCGCGCGUCAUCUGAUUGCCAUGUACAGUGAGAUGGGAAUAUCCAAAGAGCGUAUACUAAUCAAGUUGAGCUCCACUUGGGAAGGUAUUCAGGCUGCCCGAAUUCUUGAAUCGCAAUAUGGAAUCCAUUGCAAUUUGACUCUCAUGUUUUCUGUGUGCCAAGUAAGUCUACAAUUCUCGUUUGUUCUCUGUCCGUUUUCCCCUGUUUUUCUGUGCAUAUAA